AGCUUCGUCUGUACUGACGCUGGAUGUGAGCGCUCACUCACUCGUCGUCCCUCCCUCGUCACCAUGCUGCGGCCGGCCACGCCCCUAUCUAUAUUGUUCCUCGCUGCUUUUGCCCUGCUGCUGCUGUCGACCCUCUCCACUCCCAUCAUCAAAGGCAUUCCGCUCGCCACUUUCCAAGGCGUCGAUUUCGGCGUCUUUGGAUACUGCAAAAAUGGCGACUGUCGGGGCCCCAUGAUCGGCUACGAUACAGAUGGCCUUUUCAACACUACCACCUCCGCUUCCGACUUCUCCUUGCCUUCGGCCACCCGGCAUUCGCUCUCCUCCAUCCUCAUCGUCCAUCCCGUGGCAUGUCUCAUGACCCUCAUCUGCUUUUCGCUGGCCGUCGCCGCCCACUUCCAUUCGCCUGCCCACUCUCCCCGCUAUCUUCUCGCCCUGUUAAUCUUCACCUUCCCUACCCUUCUGGUUUCGCUUCUUGCGUUUCUCGUGGAUAUUCUGUUGUUUGUUCCGCAUAUGGCCUGGGGAGGAUGGAUUGUCCUGGCGGCCACCAUUAUCAUUGUAGCAAGUGGGGUGGUAACGUGUGCUAUGCGCCGUACUCUCGUCAGCCGGAAAGCUAGGAAGAGGAGGAUCGCUGAGAAUACCGACAUGAACGGACAAUCAUUUCAUGCCACUCGGUCUGCGGGGAACCCACCAUCUGAAAUGCUUCCAAAAGCCGAAUCGCCGCCUCCUCUAUCUGGUAACACCAUGUCUGAUGACAACAAGUCGGCUGGCUAUGCAACCUUUGAAGUUCAGAAGAACAACGCCCAAGAUGACAUGAUACCUCUUAACAACCGUAACCCAUCAUUAAAGACGGUCAGCAGUAGCCGAACAGAUGCUGCAGAAAGGCAACAGUAUAUGAACCCUCCUCGAGGUCCUCCAGGUCCUCCAGGUCGUGGAAGGCAGCCAGUUGACCAGUAUGGAAAUCCAAUUCCGCCCAUGCCAAACGAUCCCUACAUGAUGCAAAACCAACCUCGAGGGCCGCCACCAAAUCGCGGAGGUCCCUAUGCGCGUGGAAGAGGAGGAUAUCCCCCUAGGGGAGGUUACGGGCCACCGCGCGGUGGAUAUGGCCCACCAAGAGGAGGUAUGCGCGGUCCACCACCGCCGGGAUGGAACGGGAAUGGCAAUGGAAGAGGUAUGCGGCCUGCUCCAGGUCCUGGUCCAAUGGGCAGAGGAGCCCCACCGCCUGGUUACAGUAACCAAGAGUACCAAGCCGUACCUCCACCACGAAACCCUUCACCCUAUGUACAACAGCAAGGCCCGCCACCAAAUGCUCAUAUGCAGGGGCCCAUGUCCAUCGGACAAGCUAUCGAGAUGGAUUCGCGUGGCAUGAACCCACCGAUGGAUACGGGCUACGGACUCAGAGAUAGUGAUGGUGAUGUCCAAGGCAUGCUCGCUCUUCAGCAAGGCGGAUUUCCAGCGCAGGCGCCGCAAAGAGCAACACCAGGACUUUUGAGCCCGACAAGCGAGUAUUCGCAGGCAGAUGAACGCCAGUAUCUGCCCCCACGGACUGGUUGGAAUCAGACUGGAAACAACUCAUCAGACCAGACUUUGAACCAUAGCAACAGCAGUCGUGGGCUUUCACCAAUUCAAGAUUCGCCAGUGGAACUACCUGCACAACUCUCCACUAUUGGAAUGCCCAAGAAUGAGUCCAGCUCGGAUUACUAUGAGGAUGUGGAUCCCAGGUUCGCUGCACCACAACAGAAACCGAUGCCACCACCACUCAAUCCAAACAUGAUGGCGUCCAAUCCUUCUCUCAACGUUACUGAUCCUAACCUAAUACCGGUUGCCUCAUACGAAGAUCUACCAGAGGGAGCGAGAUCUCCUGCUGCUUCAGAAGCAUCGCAUUUCACUUCCGUCUCUCAACGUGGUAUCAAUCCCAAUUGGCGGCCGCCGCAAGGCGGUCCCAUGCCCUAUGGCCCCUACGGUCCACGCCGACCAAUGAGGCAAGAAGAUGUUAUAUUAGAAGCCAACGCCGCCAACCCAGAUUUCGCAUUGCCAGGACGUGGUCGAGGAAGAGGCAGAGGCCGCGGUGGUAUGGUACGCGGGGGAGGCGGUUCUCCACCUCCUGCAACCUUGCCCAAUCUGGGUCUGGGAAGCAACCAAGGACGAUACCCGGGUGCCAGUGCCAUAUAG